UGACCGAUUAACAAUUCAAUGCUAUUUGUGGGGAUGCAAACAUUCGAAAGUUUGAAGUCAUCAUAUCUGUCAGCAAAUCAUACCUUUCAGACUAUCUUCUUUUUUUUUUCCUUUUGAACCAUAAUCAUACUAUCGUCAGGAUCUUGCAUUGGAGGUAUGCCUGGAUCAAUGGGCUCAAGCUGAGGAAGUUUUAGCAAUUCUUUCUAGUCGGACAUUUAUUAGUGAAUGUCAAAAUCACACAAUUAUUCCAGGUUAUGAAUUGCUUUACAGGGAAUAUCUAAACAUCAAUGUGAGUGUAAAAGUGUUGCUAACUUGCUGUAGUAGCUCACUUAUUUUUGUUCUUGUUCUUCAAAUCUUCACUGAUCAACCCCUUGGGUGAAUGUGGGGGCUCGAGGAAGAAAGCCCAUAUCUGUAAUUGUCUUCAACCGAGGUUCUUGGAAAGACGAGUUGCUUUCCUAAUCGCUUGCACAGCUUCCGUAGAAACUCAAAAGCUUAAUGGCACGGCUCCCUCCUUGAUUAAUUCGAGUUAGCUACUUAUGUUUAAGGGGUGUUUGUGAGAGCAGUCUUGUGGGACAGAUGGCUCACUUCCCUGCUUCAAACGUUAAAAUCAACUUAGGUGGGCAUGGUUUGCACGUCUCAUUUCACACUCGUUGAGCAUUGGCUGUUGGUUAUGGGAGCGAGAUAUAGGCGGUGGUUAUGGUUUAAACUCGUAUUUGGAAGUCAUCUAGAAAUUUCCCAAAUUCCAAUCGCCGCAGUUCAUGUUAAUUCGUUUUCUUUUUCUUUUUCCAUUGUGAUGCAUGUUAAUUUUGAAUUUCUUAGGUGCCCAUAUUUCUUUUAAAAAAAAAUUGAGAACGAAUACAUCAAUUUUUAUGUUUUUACAUUCAAAAAGAAUGUACAAAUAUAAAAAUUUGUGUUAUGGGACUAUUGUUGUUUUAAGCAAUUAUUAGGUAUCCAACUAGAUUAACAAAAUUCAAGUACAUUAUAUUUACGUGUUUAUUCCUUGUGUCAUUGUUGUAGAUUGCAUGCACUUUGAAAAGUUGUUAAGAUCCUUUAUAGAUUACCAAUAACUCUUCUAAUUAAUUAAUCAAAUUCUUUGUCCCAAAUUGGUCAUUUUGUCAAUUGUGGUAACAUGAAAUUUGCCAUACUCGAAUCAUUUCUAACCCGAGUUGCCAAUUAAUUUGUGAUCUGGCCAACAACAAGGAUGUAAAGAAGCAAAAGUGAAAUCUCAGCAUCCCCAGUUACUAACAAUUUCCUUGGGAAAAAAAAAAAAGAUUACUGCUAACAAUUUUGUUUUUGGCACUACUACCGCUAACAAUUUAAGUAUCAGGGAAAGAAUGAAGCAAAAAAAGAACAAAAAAGUUACCAGGGAAGAACGGGAUUUUUAUUAUAAAAAUUGGAUUUCAUAAUGACGGGCCAGGUCAUAUUAUAAGACUAGAAAGAGAAAAACAGCAGACAAAUCUCCCCCAUACAUACAGUGUGAUUGUGUGAAAGUGUGAGCAAAAAGAAAAAACAUUCUUAAAAAAUCAGAGAUUUAUUUUCACAGAUUCACCUCACUCCGAUCUCAUGUCACUUUAAUUCCCAAUCCAUACGUAACCUCUCUCUUCUUUCGCCGUAUGAACCCCACUCUCUUGGAGUUACUAAUCAAACUACCUCUCUAUCUCUAUACUCUUUUAGACAUUUGUAGACUCCUAUUGCCCAACUGUAUCCGCUUCUUUUACUGAUGCCGCCUGAUCUUGGCUUAUACUCCUUGAUUAAACCGUCAUUUUUGUCUAAACCCCCAUGUGCUACAAACCCAGAUUUCAACGCUGUGUCUACUACUAGGUAUGCCAACUUCUAGAUCUAUUUAAAACUCCAUCGGUAUUAUAAUUGGAAUAAAUUGGGGAAAUUUUUUUCCAGUUGAGAGAGAAAAACACGAAUCUUUUCUCACUUUUGAUGCUCUAUAGCUACUUCAAUGCGAGAGGAGUGUUUUUGGAUUGAACCCGGUUGUUGAAUUUUGAUAAGAAGUUGUUUUUAAGAUAUGCAAUCAAGGGUAGUUCCAUUAGAGGAGGGGAAGGACCCUUCGAUCAAAACAAGCCAACCUAAGGCGUUUCCGUUUAGAUUACUUCAAUUAUUUCUGUUGUUUUUGAUUUUAUGUGUUGCAUUUUCAGUUAUUAGUAUAUAUACAAUCAAACAUUUUGGAGUUUACAAUGUGAUUACUACUAUUAAGCCUGGCUUUCAGCCUUGUCUUGAAGAACCUAAUGAUUUGGAUCGUUGGAUCAAGCCUCCUUCAAAUAUUGUUCAUAAGAUGAAUGAUGAAGAGCUGUUAUGGAGAGCUACUUUUGUUCCUAAGAUUAAAAAGUACCCUUUUGAGAGAGUUCCCAAGAUUGCAUUUAUGUUCUUGACAAAGGGACCUUUGCCCCUUGCACCUCUUUGGGAAAGGUUUUUGAAGGGUCAUGAAGGGCUGUAUUCAAUCUAUGUUCAUUCAUUGCCAACUUUUGAAGCCAAAUUUCCACCUUCAUCUGUUUUUCAUAGAAGACAAAUCCCAAGUCAGAUUUCUGAAUGGGGUAAGAUGAGUAUGUGUGAUGCUGAAAGAAGGCUUCUUGCUAAUGCAUUGCUUGAUAUCUCCAAUGAGCGGUUCAUUCUACUAUCUGAAUCUUGCAUUCCACUCUAUAAUUUCAGUGUCAUCUACCACUACAUAAUGAAAUCCAGAUAUAGUUUCAUUGGUGCAUUUGAUGACCAUGGUCCAUAUGGGAGAGGAAGAUAUAAUGAAAACAUGGCACCUGAGGUGAAUAUUACCCAAUGGCGGAAAGGUUCUCAGUGGUUUGAGAUUAACCGAAGGCUUGCAGUUAACAUAGUGGAAGAUACUACAUUCUACCCGAAAUUCGAAGAAUUUUGUAAGCCACAUUGCUAUGUUGAUGAACAUUACUUCCCCACCAUGCUAACCAUUCAAGCAGCACAUCUCUUGGCAAAUAGAAGCAUUACUUGGGUGGACUGGUCAAGGGGCGGAGCUCACCCAGCUACAUUUGGAAGAGGUGAUAUAACAGAGGAUUUCUUCAGAAGAAUUCAUGCUGGUCAAAACUGCACCUACAAUAAUCAGCCAUCUUCAACGUGUUUUCUUUUCGCAAGAAAAUUUGCUCCUAGUGCUUUGGAGCCUCUAUUACUCGUAUCAUCCAAGUUUUUGGGUUUCUGACAGAUGAACUCAUCAGCUAAAUCUUAGAACAUUGGAAAGUGAUCCAAGGAAACAUGACAGAUUUAUUCUCUACAUCUUGCGUGUUCUUAUGGCGUGACCCUCUUUGGUAGUGGGAUACGGUUUCUUGCUUGUACACUUACGUUGGCAGUGCUCCUGUCAAAAAUUUAUAUAAAGUAUGUACAGGGAAUGCGUAGCCAGUUUAGCUUGCUGUUUAACAUUUUCUGUUUUUAGAGAUUAGAUGUCUAAUUAUCUAAUUGAAUUUUAUUUUUUUUAAGUCUUCGUUUUAUUAAAUAAUAAUCCAUUGGAUAA